UUGUGCCGGUUGUAUAAGCGGGUGGACUUUACUCACAGUGAGCGGGGUUGGCUGUGCUCCGUUCCUGUCAUGGCUGCUCCGGGCACCGCCAGUCUCCUGCGGGCCGCCGCGGCCUCCUCCCGCUGCCGCUGGCUCCUGGCCGCGUCCCGGGGAGCCGCGGGGAGGCCGGACGGGGACAGCGUUGCUGCCCGGACUCCGGGCCGGUUCUUCGGCGUCUCCGCCCGGGCGCGGCUCAGCUCAGAAGAUAAAGUAACUGUCCACUUCAUAAACCGUGAUGGUGACAAACUAACAGCUGAAGGGAAAGUUGGGGACUCGCUGCUAGAUGUUGUUGUUGAUAAGAAUCUAGACAUAGAUGGAUUUGGUGCAUGUGAAGGAACAUUGGCCUGCUCCACUUGCCACUUAAUCUUUGAAGACCACAUAUUUGAGAAAUUAGAUGCAAUUACUGAUGAGGAGAUGGACAUGCUGGACCUAGCCUAUGGACUGACAGAAACAUCUCGUUUGGGCUGCCAGAUCUGCUUGAAGAAAUUUAUGAAAAAUAUGACUGUUCGAGUACCUGAAGCUGUUGCUGAUGCUAGACAAUCCAUAGAUAUGAGCAAGAAUUCCUAAAAUAAAACUUGUUAGGAGCUUUUCAUGAAAUUUUUAACUAUUUUUAUAACUUAUUUCUGAAUGUUGAAAUGUGAACUUACAUAAUCAUGGGAGUUAUUUUUGACUAUCAAUGUUAAUUCUGUUUUAAUUUUCUUUAUGGAACCACUUAUUUUAAUUCUUAAGAAGAGGUAAUACUUUUUAACAAGUUAAAGCUGAACUGUAAAAUGUUGACCAAAUUAUACUCAGAGAAGUCAUUAAUGGAUUUAUUUAUGUAAAGAAGUUUUUUUUUUUCUUUUUUUUUUUUUCAGCUGUAUUUGAAAACCAGUGAUUUUUGUUUUUAAUAGAUUCAAAACCAUUUGGUUUUUAGGGUUUCAGGCUUAGAAACAUUAGGAUGCUGGACAGAUGACAAAUGUAGCACAGACUGUUUUUCUGUUUAAUUCCCUGUGCGUUUCAUGUGGUGUAGUAGAAACUAGAGUAUCCAAAGAGAGCUGAUUUGCUGGUUGAUGAUAUGGUGCUUUCACAGCAACUGGAGGUGUAAUUAGGAAGACAGGUGGAGCUGGUAUAUCCUAAAUCUGGAAAUCUUGAUAAAAUAUGACAAAUACUGUUGAGAUAAUGUUUCCGUCCAGUCCAGUCCUGCUGCUGGUAGGGUCUAAUACCUGAUAAAAGCAAUUUUCUUAUCUUCCCAUUGCCCAUUAUAGGGCCAGAUCCUACAGUUACUGUGUGCAUAGGAUUAAGCCCUUACUAAAUAUUUGACCCUUUCUAAAAAAUUUUUUCUUUUUUUUUCCCCAGUAUGGUUUAAAAAAAAAAUCCAAACUCCAUGCUUUUAACCAUCAUUGUUUACCUUUUCAGUUUUCAUGAAAUACAAUGGUCAUAUCAUUAGUGUAUAAAGUCAUUUUUAGAUUUGGAUGAAAUCUUUAUUUUAUAUAUAGCCAAACAUUAAUUUACAUUUGACUACUUAAGUAUAGUCAUCAGGUACAGUAUUUGAGCUGUCAACACUGACCCCUAGAUUUUUUUUUUUGUGUGUGAAAGGUUUUCAUGUUUCAUUUAUAUGUGAAAAAAAUUACUUUUCUUAACUCUGCAGUACCUAUAACUCAUAAACUUAAUUUGCUGUGUCUGUUACCCAGGAUUAACUAAAUCCUUCUGCAUUUCUUGUAGUGAAUCAACAUCUUUUUACAUACUCAAGGAAUUCCUUCUCUUCUAAAUAUUUAAAAAACACUCAUUCUACUUCUGAUUUCAGGGGUGCUCCUCUACACUAACCAUUUCUUAUUAUAAGGAUUCAUAUUACCUAAUCCAUUUUUAAUCUAUGUAGGACUUUACCCCUUAUCCUAUAUGUUCUGGUGAGAGAGCUCAUUUACUUGGAUUUUCAAAAAAAUACUUGGUUGAGUGGUCUGACAAAACACAGCAGGAGUAUAUUCAUUCUGAAGCCUCAUUGGGACAUAAGCAGAACAAAAAGAAGAGGUAAAUUAGGGAAAUAUAUUUAAGAUAAAAUAUAAAUAGAUAUUGAGCUCUGUCUUUUCCUCUGUUACUGCUCUGUGAAUAACAUUGUAGGAUGGUGGGAGUGUAAUAUCAAAGGGAGUCACACUGUCCUCCUCCUCCCUGAAUUCUCUAUGUAAUGCAGUACUAUCACUUAAAAUACUUUAAGAUAUUAUUUUAUUGAAUAGCAGCUCUUUACACUUUAACUAAGAACACAGUUGCAAUUCAGGUCACAAGAAUGGAUGUAGUUUGUUAUACUGUCUACGUGUGCUGUAGAAAACUGAACUUUUUAGUAGGUUUUAUUUAUGAUACAAGGCACUUUUCAUUGUGAUGACCUCAAAGCACUUAAACACUAUGAGCUAGAGUCACAAAGGGAUUUAGGUGCCUAACUGACACUUUAGGUAGCUAACUCUGAAAUGUAGGUUCAACAGGUAGUCAGAAAGUUCUGCUCACCUGCCACCAAACUCUAAGUGCCUAAAUUCACUUGACACCUACAUUUCUGCAGAAAAAGCUCACUAGGUGUCUGUCUGUGCCUCUGUGCAUAUACACUGCAGCUUUCCUGUAGGCAUCAAGACACCUUUCUCCCACCCAAGCUCCAGUGUGAUGUGCAAACCAGGGGACAAUAGGCAUUCCUCUACCAAACUGGCAUGUAGCACCUGAUCCAGUAGUUUUACUGGAUCGUGCCUUGCAGGUGAGCUCACCUAGUUCCACACAAAAGAGGUGGGAGGGGAUGGCAGAGAAGGAGGGCUCCCCUCAAAACUUUUAGCCCAGUGGUGAGGAUACUUACCUGGGAGGCAGGAGAUCUAAUGGGUGAAAGGUGUGAACAUAAGCCCAUCACUGUCCAACAUUAACAUUGUUUAAACAAGGUCUAUGGUUUGGUAUACAGAGACCUCAGCCUGCUUAGUACCAUGACAAACACACCAUUAAACAUUCUUUUUAUCUUAAGGAAAAACGAUUAAAGCAUUUGAAAUAUAAAGUAUUAAGUAAGGCUUUCAUUUUAAUCUUUCUUGUUCCCCUUCCCUGGAGAACAUUUUAGACCUUAGAAAGGAAUGGUGCUCGUACUGACCUCUGUGGGAAGCCAUUGUGCAGACUCUACUUUUUUGCUGAAUUGUGAGAUCGUGGAACGGUCUGUCCAAAAGCAUUGACCUAAUGAGUAGAAAUGUCUGGUCACAUUGAAUUAGGUUGGAUAGCGUCAGCAGUGAGUCCUUGUGCAAGAGUUUCAGGCCGAUGACAAGUUGAUAAAAGGUGUGUGCAUUUUAAGCCUCUACUGGAAGCCAGCCUCAGUGUGUGUAGUCAGUGCAAGCACUGGGUCUCAGCAGCUUUGUCCUGCCUGCAGUGUUUCUUUUCAGGGGGUCUUGCAGGCUCUAGGAUGGGGGUCAGCCUUACCAGUAUCGUCCACUCCAGUGAUUUGUAUUACAUGCUGCAAGAUCAUUUAUGCCAAUGACCUGGCACCACUGACACAGGCUGCAACAUUCAAGGAAGUGAAAGACGUCCUUUUUGCUGAUCUGAAGAGGAUGGAAAAUUUACAUUCAGUACUGGCGGAUCAGACCCAAUCCAUCAAAAACGGUGUCAGCUUUCCAUCUCAGCAGUUCUGAAGCUAAGAAGAUGCUGAAUGUAAACUGCUGUGGCAAAGUAAUUGCCCAUGAUCCUAAUUCCACUACCUCAGAGUCACUCUCAAUCACAGCCUUACCUAUCAACAACAUUUGAAAUAGGUAAGCCACAAAAUGAGGAGUUGCACCAAUAUCAUGCAAAAGCUAGCAGGUUCUAGCUGCGUUCGCGGUGCUUGAAUGCUAUGAACAGCAACGCUGUUUUAUUCCAUGUCCAAGUACUGCCCACCUAUUUGGGGAGGACAUUCGGAUACAGAUCUUGAUAUCCAGCUAAAUGGGGCUGGCACCCUGAAGUCCAUUCUGCUGCCUUGGUUUUCAGUCCUCACGGACAUCUUCGAACCAUCUGGUGACAGCUGGCUAUGUUGCAUGAGUACAAGAAAGCUCUCACUAACAAAAAGCUGCCACUUCAUGACAACCUUGUUGACUUGCCUUACACUUGAUUUAAUGCCACCAACCAUUCUUGGAGCUGAAGAAGCCCUUUUUUUUUUUUUUCAUCCAGCUUCAACUCAGAAUACACCUGGUGCCUGCAAUGAGCAGUGAGUGAUGUAAACAACCAGCACCUCAUAGAUGAUCCCACUGUUAAACUGCCUGGUUUCUUGUUUUACCAAAGACAGUGGAUGACCAUCAACUGUAUUAGGAUGUUCCAUGGAAGAAGUGCGCAUCCCGUGCACAAAUGGAGAAUCGAGGAUUUGCCACAGUGUGAAUGUGGAGACCUCUAAACCAUCAAACACGUUGUGAACAACUGCUUCGUCUUUUCAUUUCCAAGAGCUAUAGGAAAGAUGUACUCUGCAUCUCCUGAAGCCCUUGACAGGAUUGCUGGCCUUGCUGUGACCUUGUAAAUGUUGAUAUGAAAGAAGUUUGGGAAGGAAAACUCCCCUUGUUUGACAGUCAGUGUCAAAGAUAACUGUCUUUUUGUGUAAAAGAGAAGAAGUUAAUGAGCUGGAGCUGAUAAAGUCUGCUCCUGUUUUAUUCCCUGUGGUGUUUGGGAUUCAGCUGGAGCUGGUAGUGGUGGUGAUAUUAUCUGAAUCCCUCUCUCUGGCCCGAUCUAGUAAAGACAUUCCUCAGGAGUAGGAUGCAGAAAGUCUGGGAUCCCAAGAGACAGUGGGGGGUGGCAGCCAGCUCCAGGAGACUCUGCUCUUCUAUAUUCACCCUCACCCCAGCCUCUGAAGUCUUUAUGGACCCAAAACAGGAGUGAUGGGAGGAAUAGCCCAUCCCGUCAUUUUGUCUACCAGUGAGGUCUUAAUAUCUGACACACCAAUUUUGGUUAGUCAAUUUCCAGUUCCACAUCUUAUCUUUUUACCAAGCAUGAUUUCAACUGAGUCCUUUAAUCAUAUCAACCUGCCCUUUAUUUGGUUGAAUUAAUUUAGUCUCUCUGCUUCUCUUGUACUUGUUUAUAACAUUCAUUAGUGAAAGCAACUUGACCUGUUUUCCAUCAUCAUUUGUUGUUAUAGGUUGUUUCAUCUGGUUAACCCACAAUUUGGACGUUAGGCACUCUAAUAACCAUUUGCCUACAAUUAUGCAACUUAUUCCAUCCAAAUGGGUAAUAAGGUGGUGGCCCGCCCUAGAGUUAUUACCAGGGGUUUGCCUCCAGCCUGCAGAGGACUCCAUGGAGCAGGCUAAUCCUGCUAAUCCCUUGGAAGGACAUGGCUACAACCCUCUGCUCAAGGAAAUCGACAUGCAAACAGCAAGUCUUUGAAAACACAGUAUCAUUUGUUUAAAGGAAAUAAGCAAUUACAAUAUAUUUAAUAAAGCAAGAAAAGAUACACUCUAUGGGAUAUUUUGAGGUAGGGCUCCCUCAUUCCCUCCUGUUGAAGCUGUUCUGCUUUGGAUAAAUAGUCAUGGGAAUAGGGGAACUGGCUCCCCUGGGUGAGUGCUCUAACCAUCAGGCUAUAAUGUCAUUCUCAUGCUUGCAUAUGUCUGCUUGCACUCUCUGGUCCAGUGACUGUAACAGCUUAGCAGCAGCGAUUGAGGCAGCCCUGGAUCAGAAUAUCCUAUAACGCAGUGAUAGACUUACCUAAGAAGUGGCAGAUACUUCUCUGCAUUGGGGGGUGGGGUCCUUCCAUAUCUAAGAUGAAUAUUCUAACCACUCGACUAAAAGUUAUGAGAGAGCUCUUCCUCCUCUCCCCCACAAGAGAGUGCGCACAGCUGAUAAUCCCAGCAGCUGCAGGUGUCUCCCUCCAGCCUGAAUGUAGGUGUUGAACUCCCUGAGCUCAAGGCUUAGGCCACACUCCCCUCACAUUGGCUAGUUUACGUAAGGAGCUGCUUAGUGUGCUGGCUUUUGUGAAUCCUAUUCUUAAGUGCCUAUGUCCCUCCCUUCACUGCAUAGGAAAUCUGUGCGUGUAACUCAGGCACUGUGAAUCCCAAUGAUUUUCUAGGCAUCUAAAAUAUAGGCACGAUGAUGAUCAGUCUUGUAAGGUCUGAGUCCCUUUGUGAAUCUAGCUCUGUAUCACCACACAAAAAUGUGAAACCACCAAUGUGCAACUGUUUUUGGUAUAGAUAGAGUAGGGCUGUUCUAAUGUGUUAGCACUUCACAUGAAAGCCUCCUGCAGUGUGGGGUUUUUUCUUUUUCUUUUGGAUUUUGUAGAAUAUGAUCAUAGGAGGAAUUCAUUCAGCAGAGAAAGGCAAACAGAAACAGCAAAGUUCAUUUUGGCUUCUGUGAGUAUCCUAUGUUGUAUAGGAAUGUGGAUCUGAGGAAGGGUGAAGGAAUUGACAUGUACUUGAGAAAAUACAUACAGCUCCCAGCUGUACCUGUUUUCAGUUGUCAAAAAUGAUGUGCAAAUAAAUGUUAUUUUAUACCAAUUUCCCAGA